UUUCGGGAAAGCCUGAAACUCGAUUUCUCUCUCUCCUGCGCGCGUCCGAGCCGAAAGGAAAACAGAGCAAAAGUGCUCCGGCCGAGUUCUCCACCCUCCGGCCACCAAACAACGCCAAACCACCUCCCUUGCCUUCGCCUCUACACCGCCUACCUGCUAGACUCGACUGUUUCCACCGGAACGGCCUCAAAUCCGGCAGAUCGGAGCUACAAACUUUGAAACCAAAAACGGUCAACGCCGGUUUUCUUCUAGCUCCGGCCACCAAAACUUCCUAUCCUUAGCUCUAUGAACUCGCCUCAACCUGAUGAUCAUCAUACUAGAAGGAUCGCACCUGGAGUGACCGGUUUCACGUUCGUCGGAGCUCGACCGGUUUUCGAUCCGAAACCAAAACCUUUCGAUCGUGAUAUCUCGAGCUGUAGUGCAUCGUUUUGAUUGAUUCUUGAACCAGUGAGUUCGCCUUGAUGUUCUUAACAACUCUCUAGAAGGAAUCGAAGCCUGAAAUUGAAGUUUUUACGUCGAAAUCAUGGCUCGCCGGUUUCUGGAAAUUUUCCGGCCACCUUCAAACUGUUCAAGCGGGUAAUCCUACAGUACAGAAGAAUCAGGAAGGCGAUCGGGCUGUAUAGAGUAGCUGCAUGCGAUACUCUGAUUUUCUAUUGAGAGGUUUGUUAUGCACAUUUAGAGCUUUACAAUCUUACUUGUAAGAGUGAGUUGUAAUAAUUAACUCGAGGUUUUCGAGAUUUGAAUUUUUGAGUGGCGUGUGGUGUCGUUGUUUAUGAAAAAAAUUCUGAACGUUUAUUUGUUGUAGUUGUUUAAUCCAUGUUUCGGAUUUGAAUUUGUUAUUCAAAAUUCGGGGCGUGACAAUGGUUGUGAGUUUGCUAGAUGGUCGAAUCUGGGUUUGGAGGGGUAUAUGUUGUUUUUUGUUUUGGUGUUUUCUGGGUUUUCUUUCAACUUUUGUUCGUGGUGUUCUUGGAUAGAAUUUGACAUAGGUGUAGUUUAGAUCCAUUUGGAACUAACUUAUUUGGGUUUUAGGGUGUUUGUGAUGGCUAACAUCAAAGAGAUCUUGAGUAGUGAGGAUUCCGGGUCUGACGUGUCGCUCAGCGGUUCAGAUAUGGUUUUUAUUGGCUUGUUGAGUCCGUUUUCCCCGCAGGAACCUCACUGUCCGAUCCGCUAGAUAUCGAAUCACUGCGUACAAUAUAUCCGACUAUGGCUGGAGAUGUGCAAAGCGGUAGGGGACGAGCGGAAACUGCUACGUCAGCCGGGGAAGAUACCGUCGCUAGCCAACGACGAGAGGAGCGGUUGGCCAGUCAUGGUGUCGCUAGCGGUUCGCAUGAGGAGGGUGGUAAUCCCGCUGAUGAAAGCGCUGCUGUAUCGACAUGGAAAUUGUCAGAUGGGAUGCCGGUGGAUGAAGCGGGCGACCCGAUGUCACAGGCAGCAAUCAAUAGGAUGAAGCGAGUGUUCAAGCUUCCUGGGGUGGCAAAGCUAAGGGCGUUGCUGAGAAAUGAGCCAGCAUCGUCUCUGCCAGCAGGGUACGCGGCUGUACACGAGGCGGUGCUUCGCCAGGGGGUUCGAUUCCCACUAUUGCCUAACCUCCAAAUAUUAUUGUGCGAAUUCGACCUCGCUUUUGGCCAAAUCUGUCCAAACAUGUGGAAGCUUCUAAUUGGGUUGAAUGGGUUGUGGAGGAUGUCCGGCUGUGAAGGUUCGACUGUGGCCGAGGUUCUGCACUUCUACGAGUUAGUGUACGUGAAGAGGAAAGGGUGUAGUGGCCAAGUGAACCUGAGUCGGCGUACCGGGGCGCCUCGACUAGUCGAGAAUCCUCCGGACUCUAUGUCCCCCUGGCGGGCAACUUGCUACUUCACGACCGAGGGUUGGGAGUACGACGCGACCCUCAAUAAAGAGAGGCCAACCCAUAGGAUUAAGUCGAAGUUUCAACCUAUCCGAGCAAGGUUGCACUUUGUGUUAAUGCCGGAGGAGGAAUGUCGCGUGGCUAGAAUUACCGAUUGCUGGAAGAACCGCAACUUGAUCUACGGCUAUUGACCGGCUAGGAAUUGUUAGCGCAUCUGAACUUGACUCGAGUUCCAGAUCCCUUUCCUGACAACAAAUUGAGCCGAGCGGCCUUCGACAAAGCCAUGGACAGCAUUGGCCUUGACAACUACCUAUAGAGCAUGUUUGCGGCGGCCCUGAAUGUGAAGAAGACCACCGUCGAUCCCAAGACGAAGGAGGUCAGGCCUUCCAAGCAAGAGGUUGUGCUGGAGAUGCCCCAUCAUUCUCAUCUCCCUGUCGUCGGGGAAAUUGCUGUGCGACCGACCGCCACCCGAUCGGAGCUCCUGGUGGCCGAGGGCAGGUGGUAAGAGAAUGCCGCGGAGAGGCCUGCUGGAACGCGCCGUGUGGUGCAAAAGGAACAAGCAGCGUCGCAGAAAGAUCCUGGCUAUGGUGAGGCCGUUAUUAUAGCCGGUCUGGAGCCGGAUACCUCGGCGAGGGUAGUUAUCGCUGUUGCUGCCCCGGGUGCAGCCCUUCAGAGGAAAAGGCGGCAAAAUGAUGGCGAGGAGGACGAUGUCGCGGUGGACUAUAUGCCGCUCUCCCUGCGCCAGCAACAAAAGAGGGCGUGGAAUGAUGGGAAGGCUGUUGUUGCUGAUGCCGGCGGGGAAGUGCCAUCCGGUGACCUCGAUUCCUUCGCCUCCUACACCUAAUUCCUCACCAAUAGCGAGCGGGAGCUGCUCUUCAGCAUCUGCGAACGGUUGGGGUUUAGGGGUAUGGACGGCACCGUUCAGGACACCCCUCUGCAACAGUCGCCCUUUAGCUCGGCCUUCGGCCAUCUUGCCGUUGGCCUGAAUGAGUUGUUCCUGGCGGUCUCCAAGCUAUCCGCCACUGAGGCAUAGCUACGCGCCGAAGUUGAUAGCCUCCGCAAGGAGUUGGCGGGUGUGAAGAAGUAGCUCCAGGAGUGUGAGCAGCAACUCUCCAAGGCGGAGGUGGACUUGGUGGCUGCGCGGGGCAAGUUGGAGGUUGCUGUCGAUCGGGACGUGCAGCACAAUGUCGAGGUGGCGGAGCUACGACAGGAGAUUGCCUGCAUUGGCGAACAGCUGUCGGCCAAAGUAAAACGGCUUGACAUCGUGCAACUGGAAUCUGCUGCUCGGGUGGAAGAAGUAAAGCCCCCCAGUAAACUUUAUCCCCCCUCUCCCCAAAUAAAAUUUAUUGGUGGGGGUAAUAAAAGUCUCCGGCGACCUCUUUGAGGACCUUCGGCUGUGACCGGAUUCCCGCGAUCGAAGUUUGGCGUCCGGUUUUAUUGCCCCCUAAUAAACUUUUUAUUGCCCCCAAUAUGAUGCAAUAAACUUUUUAUUACUCCCCAAUAAAUUAUUUAUUGCCGCCAAUAAAAAUUUAUUUGGGUGUAGUAGUACUCUUGGAACACCGAUAGGCAUUAAGUAAAAGAAAAAUUAAGUACUAUAUCUCACUUUGAACGGUGAUCGGAGUCCCGUGUUUUGUUUUAUUGGCCCCCCCCCCCCCCCCCCCCCCCCAAUACCACAAUAAAAUUUAUUGGAGGGUAAUAAAAGUCUCCGACGACCUUUUUGGGAACCUCCGACAACUUCGGCUGGUGAAGUCUUCAAUGACUUUUUAAUUAUUUCAAGGGCAGACUUGUCUUUUUGUAUUUAAAUUGGGUAAGCGGCCACAUAAAUCUUUUAGUGGAGUAAGUUGACAUUUGUUAGGUCUAAAUUGAGUAAAUAGUGAAGAUCCCUGAUAGAAGUCAAACUUGGAAACAAAAUAUAAGUCUACCAGGAUUAGAAACAUAAUCUAACUAGGAAUAAAAUACAUUAUGAAUCCUUUAUGAAUUGGGCCGAAACAGAUUUAAGCCCAAUGAUGAAUCCUAUUACGAACUAAAGAAGGAGUAGUCCAGUUCCCUCUAAGAUCAGGAGUAAAGGCUUUGAUGUAUAAAUAUACAAACAAAGGCCCGAAGCCGAAAGCAAAACUAAAAAAACCAAACAUUUCCAUGUCGCUCAAAUCCACUCUCAACCUAGCCAACAGAGCCAGCGAUGGCGAAGAAGAAGGGCGUCAUCGGCUUCGACGCUGCCGUGAACCACCGCAUCAUAAGGCCGAUAAGUACAGGAGGUCUAAGAAGAAGAAGAGAAGUGAGAAGCUGAAGUUGAACGAGGAGGAGGCUAAGAAGUCUCUGUACAUAUGUCACAUUGAACACCACCCUGGAAAGUGGGUCGCUUAUGUUGUCCGCGCCAUCAAGUUGUCCGAUUUGUUAUCCUCCUCCUCCUCCGAUGAUGAUUUGAAAUUACGGCAAGUGGGUUAUAAAGCCGGGGAUGAACUCCCCGGUUCUGUGGGUUGCGGUGUGUGGGGCUCCCGGAUUGUUUUCGCCGCCGGCAUGAAACCCUGCGGCCGUAUGCCUUCAUUCGAUCGUCCCGACAUAGUUUGGCAUAGAAAUGUUUAUGCCUUUGAAACUGACCCCAACAAGCAGCCUCGUGAUAAUAGUAGAAUUACCAAGAUGGAUGGCACAUUAGUUGAAGCCAAGUUUCGUCCACGGAUGGAGGAGCUGGGGGGCAAACUGUAUGCACUUUCAUAUAGGCUUGUGGCUGAUCCUCCCGCAUUUGAGGUAUUCGACCCGAAAUUGGGGAGUUGGGCGCCCCUGCCAGAGCCUCCAUUCUUCAAACGUCAUGGUCAGUAUAACCGCGGUGGCAACCUCUCUUAUGCAGUUACUGGCACCAAGAUGUUUGUGUCUCAGGAGAGAUGUCCUGUGUUCUGUUUCGAUGUGUCUGACCCAGACAGAGAAUGGAGAUUAGUCUCUUCUAUGUGCCAACGCGGCCCUUUUCCUUUUGGAAACAAAGCUUUGGUCCUGGACCUGCCGGCUGAUGACAAGAAGAAGAUAAUGUUUGCCUAUACUAUGGGUCGUUGGUAUCUACGAGUUUAUCUUAUGUCCUUGGAAGAAAAUCAAGAAUCUAUCACACCGAUUGGUGAUUUUAAGCUGCCAAGGUUGCCUCAGGAAUAUGAAUUUGCAAAAAGAUGUUAUUUUGUUCAUAUAGGAGGUCAGAAAGCCUGCAUUAUUGCCCCCGAAUUGGUUAUGCCUUAUAAACAAGGACCUGAUAUUAACGAGGCUGGGACUCAUAGGACACGGGGUGUUGCCAUGCCAUUUCAAUUUGAAGUUGAUAUCACCAAGGACGAGAAGAAUUGUUUGACCCUCCAAUUCAUGCCUACUCGUAUCUUCAAAUUCUGUACCAACCCAUCCACUUUUCCUGAUCCUGAAGCAUAUGGUUGCUUUGUGCUGUAAUUAGUUAGUUUGUUGCAUUGCUGAUGAUAAUUUUCGUAAUAUAUUGAUUGAGUAGGAGGAGGACCUUUCAGCGUCUUAGAAUCUGUUUUUUUUACUUUUUUUUCUGUUCUUUUCAGUAUUUCAUGUUCUGUAUUUGUAUUAUAUCUGCUCCUUAAACAGAUAUAUGUUUCAGUCAAUGAUAACAUUAUUUCCCUCUC